AAUGUCAUAGAGAUCAGAGCACAGAGUGAUUUUCAAUUUACACUCACUUUUCCCCAGUACAUGAUUACAAACUGACGCACGAGUACCUAUUUAUUCAAAAAUGUUCGCUUUGGGUAGUUUUUUGAUACUGGUGUCAAUCCAAUACGCAGUAUCAGAUGAUUCGACAUGUGCUCCAGUAAAACCUGGACAACCUUUCGUUCUCCAUGCCCAACCAGCAGAUAAACAAAAUAUAGGUGAUCAGUGUAUCAAAGUGCCCGAAUGUGAUCAGAAAUAUCCGUACAGAUUUCUGGAUGGUAGAUGCAACAAUCUGAAGCAUUUAACAUGGGGUAUGACCAAUCACACCAUAGUACGAUUAUUGCCAGCUGUUUAUUCUACUAAUGAGAAGGAUCCUCCUGGUACACCGAGAGUUUCUGCAGUCGAUGGUGCACCUUUACAAAGCACCAGAGUUAUUUCGAAUGAUUUCUUCACCGAUCAUCAUUUCCCCAGCAAGCAGUAUACUUUGGCUUUCAUGGUGAUGAGUCAAUUAUUCACUCAUGACGUUUUAUCGCUGAAAUUGAGAAAUCCUCCAUUGACUGGAUGUUGCCAAAAUGGAGGAACUGUCAGAGUGCCUCAAGCCAACUGGGAUCCGGGAUGUUUGGGGAUAGAUAUACCAAAAGAUGAUCGAUAUUAUUCGCAAUUUAACAUACAGUGUAGUCAAGUGUUUCGAGCAGCGUUCUCAUCUGAUGACGGUUGUAAACUACCAGAAGUUGAACAAGCAAUCAGUGUAACAUCAUAUUUUGAUGGUUCGGUCGUAUACGGUGCAUCGGACGAUAUAGCAAAACUUCUGAGGUCACCAGACGAUGGGAAACUAAAAACUGAAAAAUCAAAAGAUGGACGAGAAUUUCUACCUCAUACAGAUCAGGCAAAUACUCUCUGUUUUGUGGAAACUAACAAAGCUGGGUGCUUCCAGGGCUCUGAUUUCCGAGCCAAUCAGCACGCUCAGUUGUCGGCAAUACAAAUAGUACUUCUAAGAGUACAUAAUAAACUAUGCGACGAACUGAAAAAAAUUAAUGAGAAAAAUCCAGAAUGGCAAAAGAGUGAGAAACUGUAUCAAGAAGCGAAGAAAAUUCUAACUGCCAUGUUACAACGUACGAUAUUUGGCAGAUUUAGCGAAAUUUUAUUCGGACCGGAAUGUGCCAAAUCUUACGGAUUUACUGAAUGUGAAGGUAAAGAAUACGCGAGCGGUUAUGAUGCUGAAAUAAAUGCGGGAACAACGGCUGAAUUUGAACACGUUGCAUUCAGAGCUUUCCAUAGUUUGGUAGAAGGAAACUUGAAACUUUACGAUGACGAUAGAAAAGAAGUCGGGACAUUCCGUUUUAGCGACUGGUUCAAUAAUCCUACUUUUGUAAAAGAACCUGGAAAUCUGGACAAAAUAUUGAUCGGUAUGGUUACUCAACCAAUGGAAGGUUUUGAUCGAUUCUACACUACAGCGAUCACUCAAGAAUUCUUCAAACAAAUCAACCAAAAUAAAUUUGGCUCAGAUUUAGCAGCGAUAGAUAUGGAAAGAGGAAGAGAUUGUGGUGUAUCUCCUUACAUAACUUAUGCCACUUUAGCUGGUUGGCCAGUUGCCAAGAGUUUCGACGAUUUGGCAGAUCGAAUGGAACCUAAUAUGAUCGAUCGUCUUAAAAAGGCGUAUAAAACAGUCGCUGAUGUGGACGCAAUAGCAGGAGCCAUUUUAGAAAAACCUUUUGGAAAGUCGAUGAUUGGCAAAACAUUGCAUUAUGUGAUAGCUGAACAAUUCAGGAGAUAUAAAUUUGGUGAUGCUUUCUUCUAUUCUUUCGAAGGGAGAGGACAAUUCACCAAAGAUCAAUUGGAAGCAAUAAGAAGGACCUCUCUGUCACUUAUAAUUUGCUGGGGUAGCGAUGGAAUCAAACACAUGCAAAAAGACGCCUACACUAUACCUGGACAAGAACCUCUGCUGGAAUGCAGUAAGAUUGUAGACUACUUUGUCAAAGAUUUGUGGGCGCAUUGGGCGGAAACCCCGGCUCACUGAAAAAUUCAUCCACCUGCUUUAAGAAUAUACCCGGAUAAUUUUAUGAAUUGCGAAUUAUUCUAUGUUAAAUAUAUAUUUUCUUAUUAGGA